AUGGCGGCGGCGCGGGUGCUCCCGGGGACGCUGCCGGCGGGGCUGGAGGUGCUGCUGCUGCUGCUGCUGGGGGGGGCGGCGGCGGCGGCGGCGGCGGCGCGGGGCCUCUACGAGGCGGGCCCGGUGCGCGUGCUGGAGGCGGGUUCGGUGCGGGCGGCGCUGCUGGGCUCCGGGGCGGCCUGGCUGGUGCAGUUCUACAGCUCGGCCUGCGGCCACUGCGUGGCUUUCGCGCCCGCCUGGCGAGCCUUGGGCCGCGACGUGCGAGAAUGGGAGUCUGCAAUAAAAAUUGGAGUGCUGGAUUGUGGUGAUGAAGAAAACUAUGAAACUUGUAAAGAGUUUGGAAUUCAGUACUAUCCAACUUUCAGGUACUUCAGGGCUUUUACCACACAGUUCACGACUGGAGAAAACCAACACGGUUCGGAUCGGGAACUUCAGAUGAUCCGUCAGUCAAUGAUUGAUUUUCUGCAGAACCAUUCCCAGGAGGCAAAACCACCUGCUUGUCCCCCUUUGGAGCCAAUUGUGCCAGAAGAAAUGUUUUCACUCUUUGAUAAACAUUCUCAGCAUUACACUGCCAUUAUCUUCGAGGGUGCAAACUCUUACGUUGGGCGAGAGGUGAUCCUGGACCUGAUUCAGUAUGAAAACAUUGUUGUAAAGCGAAUGUUGAAUUCAGAUUCCACUGUGCUCAAGCAACUUGGUAUUACCUCAGUCCCUUCAUCUUACCUGAUCUAUCCAAAUGGAUCACAUGGAUUAAUUCACAUUUUGAAGCCCCUCCGGUCUUUCUUUUCUUCCUGCUUAAAGUCACUGCCUGGUGUUAGAAGAAACCUUUCUCCACAGCUCACAGCUCCCAUCAGGCAAAACAACAAAGACAACACAGACAUCAAAGAAUGGAAAGAGUAUGACAAAUCUAAGUUGUUUAUGGCUGACCUUGAGUCAGGGUUGCAUUACCUGUUCAGGGUAGAACUUGCCACUCACAGAACUCUGGAAGGAGCUGCGCUAAAGACUUUCAAGGAUUUUGUUACAGUCCUCGCAAAGUUCUUUCCUGGUCGUCAGCCUGUGAUAAAGCUGUUGGAGACUUUGCAAAUGUGGCUGAUCAGCCUCCCGUUAGACAGAAUCCCUUAUGAUGCCAUCCUUGAUCUAGUCAACAACAAAAUGCGGAUCUCUGGACUCUUUCUCACAAGCCGCAUCCAGUGGGUUGGCUGCCAGGGCAGCAGGCCGGAGCUCAGAGGCUACCCUUGUUCUUUCUGGAAGCUGUUCCACACAUUAACAGUUCAAGCAGCAGUUAGACCAGAGACCUUGCAUAAGACAGGUUUAGAGGAGAAUCCUCGGGCGGUCCUGCAGAUCAUGCAGAAAUAUGUCAAGAAUUUUUUUGGAUGCAGGGCUUGUGCACAACAUUUUGAAGAAAUGGCCCAAGAGUCCCUUGAUUCGGUGAAGACCCCAGAGGAGGCUGUGUUGUGGCUCUGGGAGAAGCACAAUGUGGUGAAUUCCAAGCUGGCAGGAGAUUUGAGUGAAGAUCCGAAGGAGCCAAAGGUGCAGUGGCCAGCCCCAAGUGUCUGUCCCGCCUGCCAUGAAGAAGUGGAAGGCUUGCAUACCUGGAACAAAGUCCAUGUGCUGCAAUUCCUGAAGCAUCACUAUGACAGUGACAACAUCUUGUACACAUACACAGAGGCUCAUGGUGACCAUGAUGAGAAGGAACUCUGGGAAGACAGGAAGAGUGUUUUAGCGAAGCAAGAAAGCAUCAGCCAUGAUGGCAAGAUCCCCGAUCGAGAGAAACAGUUAGAAGCAAAGUUGAGAGUCCUGGAUAGAUUGACAGUGCAAGACAUCCCUAAAGCCGGAGGCAGUCAAGCCAUGGUGGAGUCAGUCGCUGAGCAGGAAAUGAAGAAGGCUGCAUCGUUCUUGGGGAUUGGGUUCUCCAACUUUGACAUGAGUCUGUGUGUUGUCCUUUAUGUCACAUCCUCCUUGUUUUUAAUUAUCAUGUUCUUCUUUUUCCGGAUGAGGUCCAAGCACUGGAAAGUGAAACGUUACCCUCCCUACGUAUAGAGCUGCAAUGGGAAGCCCAGACUCUUGUUCUGAAGUGGUUGGCUGCUCCCAGAUGAAGCUUUAAUAUUUAUGGCCAUGGACUUGGUAUUGUACAGUAUUUUUGAAAAGGUGCGUUGCUUUCGUGCAAUGGGUGUGCAUUUGUUCCAGCGUGCCACUCUUGCAUCCCAAACACAUCCUUAUAAUAAACUUAAGAAACAUUGAAUUGUU